AUGGCGUCCAUCCCAACCCUACUCAUCCCUAAGGCCCUCAAAAAAGGCGGCACAAUAGCGUUUAUCUCUCCCUCCGAACGCUUGAACGAACACUUUCCAACCCCUCUCUCUCGUGCAGUAUCAUUCUUCCAAUCUCUCGGCUAUCCUGUAAAAGUAAUCUACACACCACUCCCCACCGUUCCUUCGUCACCCACAACUUCCCUCCACCUCACAAAGACCUCUCACAUCGUCCAAGAAAUCCACGCCGCGUUUCUUGACCCUCAGGUCACAUGUAUCAUCUCCACCGUGGGGGGAACGACCAUCAAUGAGAUUCUACGAAUCAUUGAUUACGGCAUCGUGAGGAGUAACCCAAAGAUCUUCGUAGGUUAUUCGGACAACACCCAUCUCAUCUACGCAUUCUACACCCAGGCUGGUUUGCGCAGCUUUACAGGUCCCUGCGCUUUAACGGAAUUCGCUGAAUUCCCAGCCCCAGAUCCCUUCACGGUGUCACAUUUCUUCCAGGUCCUCCGUGGCGAUGAUCCCGUUACUGGUACAACAACAGCUGGAAUCACGGGGCAACGGAUUCCUAGGUCAACGUCUUUCGCCGGAUGGGAUUUACCGUUUUUCUUGGCUAGUGGGAAGGAGGAUACGGAAGAAGUGAGAGAGGCGGUCCCGACUCCACCAGUGGUUUGGUUACGUCCCGGAACGGCUUCGGGACCUAUCAUGGGUGGCACAUUACGAAAACUUGUCUCACUCUCUGGAACUCCAUAUCUUCCACCAAAGAUGCACACGGGAGCAAUCUUCUUCUUUGAGAUUUCUCAAGGCGAGGAUCAGUCUGCCAUGCCCCUUUAUAGAGUGCGAUCUGAUAUCGUGGAUCUGAUAAACACGGGGCUGUUUGAUGAUAUUGUUGGCCUUGUGGUGGGGAGGACGUCCUUGUAUGAUGAGAAGAUGAAUAAGAAGUUGAAGGAGAUCAUUGUUGAGUUGGUUGAGGGUGGGGGAUGGCAAUGGCCUGUUCUAUUUGGUGUUGACAUUGGGCAUACGAGUCCCAUGCUUACGGUACCUUUUGGGGUAAGGACGAGGCUAGAUAGUGUGAAGGAUGAGUUUUGUUUUUUGGAGGAGGGGGUUGUGUGA